CCACGACCCCCGCCUUCCUUCCAUCCAAGUUCUGCUCUGGUAAAACAAGGCAGUGCUAGGUCGUGCCAGAAUCAUCCAUCCAUUGCGACAUAAAACAUCUGCACUCCAUCUCGACAACAUCAUCCUCCCGACGGAAUUCGAACCAUCACCACCAUGGUCCGCCACAAAAAGGACGGCUUCUCCUCACGCGGCGGCAAAGGCGGCCACGGCCGGAACCCGCCCCGCAACAACCCCCGCAGCAGCAAAGGCCCCCGAGACAAUGCCGGCAGCGGCGGCGAAGACACCACAGCCAACCCCCACGACCCGUCCACGUCCUCACGCCCCUACCGCCCUCCCUUCAAGGCCGCCUGCUGGGACCUAGGCCACUGCGACCCGAAGCGGUGCUCAGGCAAGAAGCUGAUGAAGCUCGGUCUCAUGCGCGAGCUGCACCUUGGCCAGCGACACUCGGGCGUCAUCAUCACGCCCAACGGCAAGCGGGUCGUGUCGCCCGCCGACAAGGAGCUGAUGGAGCAGUAUGGCGCGGCGGUCGUGGAGUGCUCGUGGGCCCGCACCAAGGAGGUGGAGUGGAAAAAGGUGGGCGGCAAGUGCGAGCGCUUGUUGCCGUACCUGGUGGCGGCCAACACGGUCAACUAUGGUAAGCCGUUCCGGCUGAACUGCGUCGAGGCGCUGGCGGCGGCCUUUGCCAUCUGUGGUCAUUUGGAGUGGGCGGAAGAGAUUUUGGCUCCGUUUUCGUACGGCAGGGCUUUCCUGGAUAUCAACUCGAAGCUGUUCAAGAUUUACUCGGCGUGCAAGGAUGAGGAGGAGAUCAAGAAGGCGGAGGAGGCGUGGAGGGAGAGGCUAGAAAAGGAGUAUACUGAGAGCAGAGAGGGAGAGUCGGAUGAUAUUUGGACGACCGGAAACACAAAUCGGAGGCCAGCUAUGGAUGACUCAGAUGAGGAGGACGAUGACGACGAGGAAGAUAGCGAGGAGGAGGAAGACAGUAACGACGAAGACGGCAGCGUAGACGGUAUUUACCUCGGCACCAAACCACCGCCCAAACAGAAACAACCAGCCGAAGAGGAGUCAGAGGAAGAAGACAAGGACCCUUUCGCCAUAUCCGACGAUAGCGAUGAUGAAGCCGAGAUGGAGGCCAUUCGGCGCAAAAUCCUCGCCUCCAAAUCGUUUGCCAACCCCGAACCGCCCAAGAAGACGGUCGAGACCAUUGCCCGACCGCAAGGGCAGUACAAGCCAGAUUCCGAUGCCGAGCCGGAUUCCGACAAUGGGGAGGAGGAUGACGAGUUUGACAAUAUCAUUGCUGCUACGCCCAUUACCGAUAGGAUAGGACUGCAGAAGCUGGAGAAGGAGCGGGCGCGGGCUACAUUGACAGGCACCUUCUCGUCUGCUUCCAUAUCUGCACCCAGAGGAGGAAGAUAAGAGAUUCGAUGAUGAGGGCACUCGAUGAAAUCAGGAGAAUCAUGCAACGAGACAAGGACCAUAUAUAAAUGCAUUACUUUUUACCCCAUGAAGUCAUGAAGCUGGCCGUGCUCAUUUCCCAUCAAACCCUCGAUCAAUUCAUACAUGCACUACUAUCGUUGACGUAGUUGUAUCAUGUCGGUCUAUACAUUGGCAGCUGCUGGUAUAUACAAUACUAUCUAUAUCCGCCAUCAUCCAUCUUUUCCCCCA